AUGACAGAAGUUGCUGAACAUACCCACCACGAUAAGAACGAAGGCGUCGUCAAUGGUGCCGUGGGCAAAGCGCCCGAGAAAGCGAUCCCCGUAGAUGUAGAAGGCGACGAGGGAGCCCUCAAUGGUGGCGAGGAGCGCGGGGAGGAGGUUGACUUCGAGGAAGAAAGGCAGAUUGUCGGCGACGAGGACGAGGACGAAGAUGACGAAUACGAGGUGGAGGAAGAAGAGGAAGGCGGGGGUACCUACGAGCCUGAGGGCGAGGAAGAGGAAGAGGAGGUGCAAGAUCACCGUGGCACGAACACUCUCACCCACCUCCUGCUUGGCAACCCCAAUGCACCGGCCGACGAUGAUGACGUGGACGACGUGGACGACGAGGACGACGAGGUAGACGAAAACGAUGACGAAGACGACGAUGACGACUACGUAGACAACCCCGCGCCCCCCGCUGUCGUCGAGGCCCCCGAGCCCAUCUCGCGGAAGCGUUCCAUCCAGGAGGUCGUCGAGGACGACGCCGACGACGCCGAACCCCAAGGCUCGAAGAAGGUCAAGGCAUAA